CCAAUCAGAAGACGUUUCUGUACGUUACGCAAGCGCGUCGAUGCACGCAGUGGUCUCUGUGACAGGCUAGCGCGCCAAAUUGAUGUUACCGACAACAGAAAACAAAUUAAUGCUUAGCUAGCCACAAAACUACCCAGUACACGUCGCGGAGAGUCUUAGGACGAAAUUGUUUUCCUGUCAAAGCUCAGACUGAGGCACCUGGUCCGCUGUCAGGAUGGGUCUGCUCGAGCGUUGCCAGGAGCUUUUUAAGACCUCAAACUUGUAUGAGGUUCUGGGAAUCAACAAAGAGGCGACAGAGGCUGAGAUCCGGAGGAGCUACUACAAAGUGUCGCUGAAAGUCCAUCCAGACCGGGCUCCUGACGACCCGCUGGCCACAGAGAAAUUUCAGGUGUUGGGAAAGCUGUACGCGGUGCUGAGCGAUAAGGAGCAGAAGGCUAUUUACGAUGAGCAGGGAGUGGUGGAUGAAGAGUCUGACGUCCUGAAGCAAGACCGCUGUUGGGAAGACUAUUGGAGACUGCUUUUCCCAAAGAUCACAGUCCAGGACAUACUUGAGUUUGAGAAGACGUACAAGGGCUCUGACGAGGAGCGACAGGAUGUGAUCAAGCUUUACUUACAGCACGAGGGAGAUAUGGACGCCAUCACCGCCUCAGCUCUGUGCUGCUCCCAAGAAGAUGAGCCCAGGCUGUGCAGCAUGAUCCAAGAUGCCAUCGAUAGUGGCGAAGUAACAGCCUUCCCAGCUUUUACUCAUGAGACCGAGAAGAAGAAAAGGGCCCGGAGGAAGAGGGCUGAUAGAGAGCGCCAAGAAGCAGAGGAAAUGCAGAAAAAGAUGGGGCUGGACGACCAGGAUGACAGUCUUGUGAUGAUGCUUAAGCAACGACAGCAGUCCAGAGAGCAAAAUUUUAACAGUUUCCUGUCUGACCUGGAAGCAAAAUACUCCAAGAAAAGUGCCCCAAAACCCCAAAAAGGAAAAAAAGCAAAAAAGUAAAAUGUUCUAAUAUUAGUAGAUACAAUGUAUGUAAGUUCUGGAAGAUAACCACAUUCACAAAACAAACAACUUUGGAAGAACAUUGAUAUACACAGUUGUACAGCUGCAUUCUGUAAUCAUUGAAAUGAUCAGCCUCAGUAGCUUUUAUGUGACGCUGUAUUUUGUCUCAUUUGUUUUUUCUGUUAAUCUUAAAAAAUAAAAAAAGACCCAAAAAAAACAAAUAAAUCCAGUUAUGUAACACAUCAUUGCUUCACAGCGUUGUUUAUUUAUUUAUUUUUACAAAACAGGUUAAAAGAAAAUGCAUUGCAGAAAAUUGUUGACUGUUUUUCAAGCUUUGUGGCAUGGCUGUCUGAUAAAUGAUCCUGAAUACAUAUAAAUUUACCUUUUUGCAGUAACCCUGAUGUUACCUGUCAAAGCACCCCCGCUUGGCUUAGCUUAGAUUUAAAAACGUUACAUCCCGUAAAAUGUUUUGUACAUACGUGACAGGCUAUUUACAAAUAAAGUUUAAUAUCACUGCCUCUUAUGUUCCUUUUGCUGUCGUGUCAUGCAGUUUAAAACCCACAGCCCCUCUCGUGAUUUAAAAUAAGCUCGUCUUUUUGUUUUCCUUCCUGUAUACAAUGAUAUGCAAAGAGGCUAUGGAUAAAUGCUUGUCGUGUCCCUAUAAAAGAUACAGUACCAAACUCUCUGAUUUAGCUUCAGAGAGGAAAAAAAAAAAGUGCUUUUUAUCCUCUGUAAUCCUGUCGGGAUGAAUGUGUUAUUCCCUGCAUAGUGGGUUCCUGGUACAACAACGCAGCACAGAGGAUACUAUACAGUACGUUCACAUAUAAAUAGAUAUAUAAAUAUUUACAUCAUACAUGAACUAAGGUCUAAAUAUGCAGCUCAUACUGUACAUGAAGAUGGAGUUAUUGUUAAUAAUUAUUUCUGUUUGGCAGCCUCAUAAGCUGAUUUUUGAAGUACAAAAAUAGGGUUUUAACAAAAAUAUUACAAAAG